AUGGUGAAAAUGAAGAAAGAAAUUAUUUUCUUUUUUAUCAUUGCUUUUUCAUCCUGUACAAAGGCGACAACUCCAGGAAUUACGUUAGUAACAACAGUCUUUUUCACAUUUGCUCAGACAAUAGCAGCAAGAACAGUUUCUUUUUCAACGACAAUGACAGCAUUGUCAACCGAAAAUAAGAAAAAAUCUUCUCAACUGCUUCUCCAACAAAUAGAAAAAGAACAGUCUCUUCUCCAAGAACUCCUGGAACAACAAAACCCUGUGCCUCACCAACUUCAACUUCAACAGCCACUCGAACAACUACAACAAAACCACUCGCACAUUCAAGAUCGUCUUCAACAGCAAGAGAAACUUCGUCAGCAACUUGGGCAGCACAACUGUGAAAAUAAGCAACAAUUUUUUCAUAACCAGCAACUUACCCUUAAAUAUCUUCAACAACAACAACCAUUUCUGAAUCAACUUCAAGAACAACAAAGAGUUAUUCUUCAGAAACUUCUUCAGCGACAAGCGACUGUCCAAUCUCUACUGGAACAACUACCUGAUCAGCAAAAAUUACUUCAAGAACAAAAGCCUAUUCUUCAACAAUUUUUGCAGCAGCAACUGCUUUCUCUAAAACAAAAAAUGCAGCCAUUGACUGUGCAGCAAGAAGCGUUUGAACUUCAAAAACAAAUGGAACAAAAGCACGAGCAGUCUCGACAUCAAGAUCAAAGUAAUUAUCAACAUCAAAUUCAACAGCAUGAACAACAUCUUCAAUUGCUUAAGGAACACGGUGUUGUAGCUGCAAAACUUCAACAACAGAGUCUACAACUUUUUCAACAGCUUCAAAUUAUAGUGCAACUGAUUCAGCUACAGCAGCCGUCUUAUUAUCAGAAAUUACUUCAAGAACAACAAACUCUUCUUCAACAACUUCUUGAACAAUAUCAACAGCAACAAUCACUUAUUCAGCAGCUCCUCGAACAACAACAGCAACUUGUGAAGCUUAUGGAGCAGCAAAAACAACUUGUUGUACAAAUGCUUCUAGACCCUCAGCAAAUUUCCAAUCUUCUUCAACAACUUCAGCAACAACAAGCUGAAUUCCAACAACUUCUGCAACAACAACAAGAACUUCUCCAACAACUAAAGCAGAAGCAGUUUUCACUUCAGCAACUUCUCCAGAGACAACAGUCUAUGUUUGAACAACUUCUGAAAAGCAAGCAAGGUCUUCUCCAAACCUUAAAACAACAAUUAGAUUAUAUGCUCCAGCACCAGAGAUAA